AUGGCCACCCAGCAACCGCCGUCUGCCGGCGGAAGCAGCUCGAGCAGUUCCGGGGAGUUGCCCAUACCGAGUCGAAAUCCCCUCCCGUUAUCCGCCAGCCAGGAGGCGCAGGUGCGCGAGGUGUUUAAUGAACGGGUGAGGAAGCAUUGCGGGGAUGAUAUUAAGGCUUUCGCGGACUGCGCCCGCAACCGUACCUUCAGCAUCCCCUUCGUAUGCCGCACACUCUCUCACCAAAUGAACAAAUGCAUGCUGGCGCACGCGACGCAAGCGGAGCACGACCGCGCGCGCGAGGAGUGGUUCGGUAAGCGCAUGGAGCGGGCCCGCGAGAGAGAGCACAAAGAGCGUCGCAAGAUGGAGCAGGAGAGAUUCCAUCGCGAGUGGUGGGGGUUGCCGGAGCGGGACCCUGAGGAGUUGCGGAGGGAGGAGGAGAAGUUGAGUAGAGGGGAAAGGAUUGGCGGUGGGUAUGGAAGAAAAGGAGGGGGAGGGGGCGAUCAGGAUCAGACAAAACGUUGA